AUGGAUUUAGACCUCUUUGAUGAUAUUCUUGGGGAUAAUGCGACAAAGAACGUGCGGGCUGGUGGCAAGUUUCAACCUAAAGCCAAGCCCCGACCCAUUAAGAAGAACUUAGGUGGUACUUCAGUAAAUAUCUCUCGGCCAGUUCCGACUGUUGGUGCUUCUGAUAGCAUAUUCACUGGGACAGAAAAUCCGUUAUCAUCUGAUGAUGGUAGAGGCGUUGGAGUAGUUAAUACAGCCUCAGCAGAACCGCUUCCUAGCACUGAAAAUGUAAAUUGUGCUGUAGCUAUGGAUUCAGUCAUGGAUGGUCUUAUGCCUGACAGCAAUGACCACUGGCAUUCAAGCUUUGAAAAUUCGAUGGGAGAGGGUGCAGACAUAUUUAUUGGCCUGGAGUCACUGGAUGAAUUUCUUCCUGCAAAAAGGACUGUUUUGGAUAAUUCUGUUCAUUCUUCUGAGGAACCAGAUGUUUGUGUUUCUGGCAGUCCUGCUGUAGAGCAUAGGCUCACAAUUCCCCUCAAUCCUGGCAUUGAUGAUCCUGUCAGCAUGUCUAAUACUCACAACAUCUCCACUCAACCUGAAACUUCAACAUCCCAAGAUCCAUUAACUGGUGCUGAUACUAUUGUUGCUACAAACCACAGCCUCACAGAUAAUAACAACUUGAUAAGAGAGCAAUUGCAGGCUAAUCAAUGUUUGGAGGACCUAGAUAUGUCAGACUUCACGUCCACCUCUGGUCAGCGGAUUGGAAAAUUUCAACCCAAAUUAAAGAUGCAGGCGAAUAGACUGAGGAACAAUGCCAACAUUCACGAUCAGGUUGUGACUGGGCAUGUUAACUAUGGGCCAGAUAUUCCAUCUGUUACUCCCAGAGUUGAUGUUGUGGAUCUAAUGUCAGGUCCUGCCUAUACUCAGGAUGAUAUCAUUGAUUUUUCAUCUAAGGGACCAAGUAAUGCUGCUCCUGCCCAAUCCACGUCUGAAGUUCUAGUAGAUGAAUCAUCCAUGGAUUUUGUGGGGGUUGCUCAUCAGGAAGUUGGUAUUCCCGGAGAGAACAUAGAGCCUGAUCGUGAAUUACCUGAAAAACUUAAGGCAAAUACCAUCGAAGAUAAUAAUUAUGCUGCAUCAGAAUAUUCUGCUCAGGUGCACGCUUCCACAUCCAAUGAGACAACAGUGGCUGGUAGAGUGCUUAGAAAACGGAAAAAGCAAAUAAAUGCGCAUGAACUCAUAGAUGAACCUGAGGAUGAGGGUCUGAAUGACACUGAUCUACAUGCUGAAUCUCUGAGUUUUUCUAUUGUGAACGAGGAUGAUGGGACUGAUGAGGAACUUCAAAUGGACAGUGAACCACAGAAAAAAAAUUUGCGGAACAAGUCCAAGAAGGUUGAAGGUGAGAAAGAGAAACCAGUUAGAAGGAGGAAGAAGGAUAUUGAAUCAUCAGGAAAAGCUAAACCGGCUGCCAAGAGGUUUUCUCAUUCAACUCAGAGGAGAAAAGUUGACAAAACUUUACUGGAAACCCCUGAUGAUGAAAUAGACGUCCGGAAGGUGCGCUUAAAGGAUCUUAUUUUGCUCCGAGAGCACAGAGAGCGUGAGGCGAAAAACGAGGCAAAAUCAUCACAAGCACAACAUCAGAAUCAGCGUAAUGGCAAUGAAGAUGGGGGUGCUAACUCAUAUGAACCUCUUGGUGAGAAUGAGACAUUUGCCUCAGCUCAAAGUGGAGAAGGAAUCGACGACGAAGACGGUUAUAGGGAUGAAGAAUGUCCCGACUACAUCAACUAUCAAACCUACAUGAUCAAAACUCCUCGAUCCAGAUGGACAAAACAGGACACAGAAUUGUUCUAUCAGGCUAUGCGAACUAUUGGGCCUGACUUUUCAUUGAUUGAACGACUCUUUCCUGAUAAAACACGUAAACAAAUAAAGUUGAAGUACAAGAAAGAAGAGCGACAGCAUCCUAUGAGGCUUCACGAAGCUGGUAGUAAUCCUGCCAAAGAUCAUUCCCUUUACAACUUAUUGAUAGAGCGUGUCAAACAAAAUGCGGCUGAGGAGGAUGAAAAUAUCUCAAGAGCUGAUUCAGUUAGCUUGACCGGAGAGGAAGAAAUGGAGGAAGAGACCCCUGAAGAUGGUGUAAACAUGGAUGAAGCAGCUAAGCCUGAGCAAAUCGAUGAAACAGUCGACAAAAAUAUGGAACCAGAUGUUGCAGAAACUCAGAGCCCUGUCGGGGAGUCUCAAGAUAGUGAUGAUGAUUUCUUCCGUUGGAGUCAAUAUAAGAGUUAUAGUCUUUCUCAGAAGAAGGAUGAUUUUGAAUCUGUUGCAAUGGGACAUCUUCGGUUGAAUGGUGCAUACUGGGGUCUGACAACUCUUGAUAUUCUUGGAAAGCUUCACAUUGUAGAUCAAGAUGAUGUAAUUCCUUGGGUGAUGCAGUGCCAGCAUGAAUCUGGUGGUUUUGGUGGUAAUAUUGGCCAUGACCCACAUCUGCUGUACACUCUUAGCGCUAUUCAAGUUUUGGCGUUAUAUGACAAGAUCGACAUUCUUGACAUUGAUAAAGUUGCAAACUAUAUGGCUAGUUUACAAAAUGAAGAUGGAUCCUUUAACGGUGAUAAAUGGGGUGAAAUUGACACAAGGUUCUCUUACAUUGCAAUAUGUUCGCUUGCAUUGUUAAAGUGGUUGGAUAACAUUAAUGUGGAAAAAGCUGUGAAGUACAUUGUUAGUUGCAAGAAUCAUGAUGGUGGAUUUGGAUGUACCCCUGGUGCUGAGUCCCAUGCUGGACAGAUUUUUUGCUGUGUGGGAGCACUUCCUAUUACAGCACUUGCUAUUACUGGUUCUUUGCACCAUGUUGACAAGGAUCUCCUUGGGUGGUGGCUAUGUGAACGACAAGUCGAUUGUGGAGGUCUCAAUGGGUGCCCGCAGAAGCUUCCUGAUGUCUGCUACUCUUGUUGGGUUCUUUCUAGUUUGAUAAUGAUUGACAGAGUUCACUGGAUUGACAAGGAAAAGCUUAUCCAAUUCAGUUUGGACUGUCAGGAUGAGGAGAAUGGAGGAAGUUCAGACAGGCCUGAUGAUGCCGUUGAUGUUUUCCACACCUAUUUUGGAGUUGCAGGCCUUUCACUUCUCGAGUAUCCUGGAGUAAAAGACCAGUUGAAGUUGUAA